AUGGCCUUGCUUCAGCAGAUCCUCAAAGACCAUGAAGUGGUCACAACGGAGGAAGCAGUGACAUCUUUAGAGAUGCUGGCACAGGAAUAUCUUCUCCAAGAUGACUGUACUACGAUUGUCACAAAGCCAUUACUUCAGCGCGCAUAUGAGAGUGUUGUGGAGAAGAGCACCGCAACCGUGGCUGGGUCCUCUCAAAUAGCUGGAACGCUAGAACCGGACCAUCAUUUACACUUUAUCAACGCGUUCGAGAUGCCUCGAUGGCAUUACUCACAGGAGAGAAAGUCUUUUGAAAGGGCAGCUGCAAAGCCGAGUCUGGCAGGCUCAGCGGAAUCAAAGGCAGUGUUUCUGAGAGACAGGCAUAAUAUAAUCAAGCAAAUUGUUCUGAGAAACGAAAACUUCUCACCUCCUGCUUUUGCAGGCAAAGAUCGGGCAAAUUAUCUCAAGCUCACGUCUACCCGGAAUCUUCUGGGGAGGGCUGGCGGAAGGUUUCUUCUAUUUGGUAUGCUGACCAGAUCGCCAGAGGGAAGACUUUGCCUCGAGGACUUGGAUGGAGUUGUUCCAUUAGACAUUUCCGCAACGGGUCCUAGUGAAGGCUUCUUUACCGAGGGGUGCUUCGUCUUGGUAGAAGGGGAUUAUAGUGAUGAAGAAACGCUGGUCGUUGUCGCUGUGGGUCAUCCACCCACCGAGAGACGGCGUAUCGCUCGAGGUAUUUACGGACACGUCGAUUUCCUUGGCAAAGGAAACACAACAGUCCUGGAAGACGACAACUGGGCGAAACAAGCAGCUCGUCCAGAGAAUGCCGAUAUCACACUGCUUGUACUCUCAGAUGUUCACUUGGAUGACGAGAGGACGCUCAAAGGUCUUCGCAAGCUUUUCGAGCAGGCGGUCGAGGCAGAAGUCAUCCCGAAAAUUUUCAUUCUUUGCGGAGACUUCACCUCUGGAAACAUAAAAAACGACAUAGAGAUGGACCGUUACAAAGAUGGAUUCACAUCUCUUGGUGAUCUGAUUUUAGAGUUUCCGUCGAUCAAACGCUAUUCCCACUUCUUGUUUGUUCCAGGACCAAAUGAUCCUUGGUCAUCUGAAGUACUCCCUCGACGGCCUAUCCCCACGGCAUUCACAAACAGACUUGAAGCCAAGCUUCCAAAGACCGCCGUGUUCGCGACCAAUCCAUGUAGGAUCAAAUUCAUGGGACAAGAAAUCGUCAUAUUUAGAGAAAAUAUGAUGGGAAAAAUGAUGCGAAAUCUCAUUGGUGUCAAGCCCGAUCAAGAGAGUGGGGAUCUCAAGCGCUAUCUUGUACAAACCUUAAUUGAUCAAGCUCAUCUCUGUCCGUUAUCACUAACGGUCCAGGCAACCUAUUGGGAGUUUGAUCAAGCCCUUCGGCUGUACCCAAUGCCAACAGCCGUCGUAUUAGCAGACUCCUACGAGGCAUAUCAGCUAACGUACGAAGGCUGCCAUGUCUUCAACCCCGGCAGCUUCCUUACCAAUAACUAUGGGUUUUCGACCUUUUACAUGGCUACUUCGCGGUCUAUCCCAGGAGGCUUAGAAGGGUUUAAUAUGUAG